AUGCUUUCCGCUAUUUUACAUUCUCUUCAUCUGGAAAAUCUCGCAUACUUCAGCAAUGACUCAAAAAUCAGUGGCGUUUCGAGCCAACCGAGUGACGGUCCUGAUGGAAUUUCACCCGGAGUUAACCGGCUGCAACCAAGUUCAAGUCAAGCUCGUAUGCUGCAGCUACAGCAGCACCAACAGCACCAGCACGCCCUGGCCGUGGCUUACCAGGCACGUCUACAGGCUGAAUUUGAACAGCAUCACCAACAACAGCAGCAGCAACAACAGCAGCAACAACAGUUGCAGGCACAGGCAAGAGCAGCUGCUGCCCAUGCUGCGGCAGCUGCGGUUGCGGUUGCUCAGCAGCAACAGCAUUAUCAGCAAGCUCAGCGUCAGCAACAACAAAAUGCAUAUCAACAUCAUAUGCUUCAGCAACACCAACAUAAAUUGCAGCAAAUGAAGGCAGUCGCAGCAUUGGCAUCUCCUAACGCAGGUGGACAUUAUCUUGGUAUGUCUGCUCGACUUUAA